GUUUAUUUGCUGGCGAAUUAACCUUUGUAGGUUUGUUAUAGAUUUUUCCAUUAUGUUACAGAUGAACUGAAUUGAAAACGUCAUUUUUUGUUAAGCUACUGACUGCAAUUUUUUAAAUAAAAUUUAUCUAAACAAAAAUUGUGUGUAUAUCUUGGGUGAAUCGUUUGAUUUCUCUGCAAAUACGUAUAAUCAUAAUUUAAAUGCAAACAGCUUAGUAUUUCUUCGCUUGCUUUUCUCUUUUCCCCCAACCCACUAAGCGAGCCUUCAUACUUCCUCCACAACAGUCUGGACUUGUAUAAUGCCUACUGUUGGAAGCCCGCGAGGAAUCUUCCUGGUUAAGCCCCGCCUACUGAUGGUACCUAAGCCAAUGAUUUGCCACCAAACAAAACGCGGAAAGUGUACUCCUAUUUACAUUGGAAUCCUGCACCUAUAUCAUUCAUAUUUAUAGCUUCACACUGUAACCGGAAUGGCUAACACAGUCAAGGAAAUUUCCCAUGAGGAUCUGAAGGCAAUUCUGGGAAAGAGCCCGAAUCUGCUUCUGGUUGAUGUGCGCACUAAAGAAGAAGUGGAUAAAGGACAUAUCCCAGGGUCCAUUCACAUUCCAGUUGAGACUGUAGGGUCUGCUUUUGCAAUGGAACCGGAGGAAUUCAAGGCCAAGUAUGGAAAAAACAAACCACCACUAGAUACAAAAGAGCUGAUUUUUCACUGCCAGGUGGGCCGGCGGGGAGCAAUGGCCACAAGCAAAGCCCAUCAACUAGGAUAUGUGAAUGCAUGUAAUUAUGCUGGUGGAUUCAAGGAGUGGUCUGAAAAAGAAGGAAAGUGAAUCAUGAGGAAGAACAGCACAUCAUUGCAUUUUAUAUGUAUAACUGAAUAUAAAUAAAAUAUUUAAUUUAAUCCAAAAACAUGUCUUUCUUUGGAUUU